UAUGCUAAUUAUUUCAUGCACCCCAUGUCAAAGAUCUCUGUCCUCAUGCAAAUUUUUCUCUAUAUAAACCCUCAUCUUCAUCUCUUCCAUACACACAACACCAACCCCUUUCUCCCUCUAAUCACUUUGCAAAAUGCCAAACCCUUGUCUCAUUUCUUCUCAUGUUGCUAUUCUAGUCAUCCUUCUCAGCUGUAUUUCAAUGUGCAGCUUGGGAAAGUUCACUAGUCCACUCCCUAACGACAUCGUUUCCCUCGAUCUUGCCACUAGACUCCGUAACGAUCCCCAUUCCAUCAACAUAGCUUCUAAUGACUAUGGAAAUCUUGUCCAUGAAAGCCCUUCUGCGGUUCUUUACCCUUCAUCAAUUGAUGACAUUGUUAAUCUCAUCAAAUUCUCCAACAACUGUUCCACACCGUUCGGCAUUUCCGCCAGAGGCCGUGGCCACUCCGUUAGAGGGCAGGCCAUGGCCCGUAGCGGUGUCGUGGUCGACAUGCCUUCCCUGAGCCAAAAUGGGAUUGGAGUAAGGGUUUCUUGGGACCCCUCUUUAGGGUAUUAUGCAGAUGUUGGUGGAGAACAGAUGUGGAUCGACGUUCUCCGGGCCGGGCUGGAACACGGGCUUGCGCCCGUUUCUUGGACAGAUUACUUGUACUUGAGUGUGGGUGGGACACUCUCUAAUGCUGGGAUCAGUGGACAGUCGUUCUUACAUGGCCCUCAAAUCAGCAAUGUUCUUGAACUGGAUGUUAUUACUGGCAAAGGGGACUUGGUCACUUGCUCCCAACAGAUGAACUCGGAGCUCUUUUUCGCAGUUCUUGGUGGGCUUGGCCAGUUUGGCAUCAUCACCAGAGCAAGAAUUGUCCUGGACAAGGCACCAACAAGAGCAAAAUGGGUGAGAUUGCUUUACAGUGAUUUCUCCAUAUUCACAAGAGACCAAGAACACCUCAUCUCCAGCACUGUCGACAAUCCCUCUCCAGACUAUGUGGAGGGUUCCCUGAUCACGCACCAGAGCCCUCCAAAUAACUGGAGAUCGUCCUUCUACACACCCUCCGAUCGCUCCAAAAUCGCUUCUUUACUCAAAUCCAAGAAAGGCCUCCUCUACUCCAUUGAACUCGUCAAAUACUAUGACGAUCAGACUGCCGACUAUAUCGAUCAGGAACUUGAGGUGUUGCUCAAGGAUUUGAACUUCAUUCCGGGCUUCGUUUUCAAGAAAGACGUCGCCCUCAUUGAUUUUCUUGGUAGAGUUGGGAGAAGCGCGGCUUCCGACGAGAAUAAUCACUUGGAAGCUCAUCCAUGGCUGAAUUUAUUCGUCCCGAAAUCCCGAAUACUGGAUUUCAAUGCCGGCGUUUUCGUCGACAUAAUUGGGAGGCAUAACAGCACCUCAGGGCCCAUCCUUUUCUACCCACUCAACAGAAAGAAAUGGGAUGAACGAAUGUCUGCUGUCACACCAGACGAGGAUGUUUUCUACACUUUAGGGCUACUGCAGUCGAGUGGGGCCGAGGAGCCGGGGGAGUAUGAUAAACUAAAUAAUGAAAUAAUUGAAUUCUGUGAAAAGGAUGGAAUCAAGAUCAAACAGUAUCUUCCCCACUACAAAUCCGAGGAAGAUUGGAUGGAGCAUUAUGGUCCCAAAUGGAACACUUUUCUGGAAAGGAAGAACAAGUUCGAUCCAAGAAUGAUUUUAUCUCCGGGCCAGAGGAUUUUUACUUCUGCAAUAGCCUACUCUGAUGUAUGAUCAUGAGUUGAGCAUAGGAUUUAGAUUUGCAGAAUAAGUAGGUUUGUAUGAAUAGUCUAGCUAUUCCAGGCAUGCAUUAAUUAGUUAAAGUCACACUUGUUAUCAA